AAAGAUUUAAGCUAACAUUGUGGUUUGAUAACACCAAAAUUUCAUCUUUGGCCAUCCAAAGUUCUCUCUCUCUCUCUCUCUCUCAAAAUGGUAAUACCAUCUUCAAUCCAAUUCAUUGAUUCUGCACUUUCUUGCACCACCUCACAUGCUCUAUCAUAUUCAGACCCUGAACAAAAAUGGAUCAUCCAAAAGCACCUGACUUCACUACUUCAAGAUUAUCCCACUCUCAACCCUUCAAUUGAUACCUUCAAUCACAAUGAUGGCACCACUGUGAACCUUCUAAAUGCAAAUGGCUAUCUUUUUGUGUCCCAUUCCUCACCUCUGAUAGCAAUCACCAUCUGGCUUCAUGAAAAUUAUCCUUACAUGGCUCCUGUAGUUUUUGUGACACCAAACCCCACGUCCAAAAUUCAUCCAAACCAUCCAUUUGUGGACCCUUCUGGUGCCACCAAAUCUGCAUACCUCCUAACCUGGCAACAUCCAAAGUGCAACCUCACUGGCCUUGUGCACAACCUUGUCAAACUCUUUGCAAUUGACCAUCCCUUGUUCUGUGCUUCACCUAGUUCUAGCUUCACCCAUCCGUCUGUUGUAUCAAAAAUGGAGGCUCUAGACAGAGUCACUGGUGCCAUUCACUAUGACAUAGUGGCCUUAGCAGCCAAGAAUGAGGAAGAAAUAGAGGAGCUAUCAAAUUUGCAAGCUGUAAUGAACAAGAGGGUUGAUAUUGCUAGAAGUAUAUUUUUUGAGCUUGACCAUGAAAGAUCGACCUUGAAAGGAAAAGUGAAGGAGUUGACUGAGGAAGCUGAUGUGCUAAUGAACUGGUUGAGAGUUCAUGAACCAAAAGCUGCUGUUGUCACAGCUGAUGGAGAGGAUGAUGAUAUUGAUGAUGCAUUUGAAGCUGUUGGCAAGGUGUCCAACUUGAUGCUUGAUUCCUUGGCUGCUGACGGGGCAAUAGAGGACUUGAUAUAUGCAUUGGAUAAGGCAGUUGAACUAGGUGUGGUGUCUUUUGAUGUAUAUAUUAAGCAAGUGAGAAAAUUGGCUAGAGACCAAUUCUUUCACAGAUGCAACAUUUAUGCAAGUGACUAAUAAAAGG